AUUCUCUUUCCCGUAACUCUGUCUGCACUGCCUCAUUGCUUCUCUUGCUGAGCAGUUGCUCUCUUUCUCACUCCCUCACUGGGACCACUGAUGCUGUCUAUCUGCCUUGGCCAUUGUAAGCAGCUGGUACUGCUACUCACAUUUGCCCAAUGAAAAUAUAUUAAAGGGGAGGGAGAAGAGAGUGAAACAAAAAUACGAAGCCAGAGAGCCACUGCAGUAGGAGUGGAAGACAGAAGAGCAGGUGGAAGGGGUGAUUAGCAUGGCCAGUAAGUCCAGAGAUUUGCCUCGAGUAACCUUCGAGGCUCCAGAGAAGCCUGGGGAGGAAUCAUCCCACAAGAAACUGGGCAAGCUAACGGUUAAGUACAACCGCAAAGACCUUCAACGCUGGCUAGACCUGGAGGAAUGGAUUGAUGCCCAGUUGCAGGAGCUGUACCAAUACCAGCUGCAGGAGGAAGAAGACACAGCAACCCCUGAACCAGAAAUUGACAUUGAAGAUCUUCUAGAGGUCUCCAACGAGGAACAGAAAUCAAAACUACAGGAAAUUCUUCAUGAGUGUUCCAGACCUACAGAGGACUUCAUUACGGAACUGCUCAGUCGACUGCAAGGUCUCAGGAAAAUCCCUCAAAGGAAAUGAUCCUAUCCAUCAUGAGAGACACCCCCGUUCCAUCCCGUAUCGCUCACAUGGCAUUGGGUGUCUCCCCGGGACAGAGAAUCAGAUUCAUGUUGGAAGAUCAUGUUACAGUUUUUCUAGGACUUGGUGUUCUGAGAAGAACCAUCUUAGAUACUUUCAGCAUCCCAUUCCAGCUUCAUGUUCACAGCGAGGGGCUUGUGUGUGUAUCUUGCUGAUAUUUAAAGAUCUGUUAUGUUAGGGGAGAGGGCUGAUCCCCUUCUUU